UAAAAUGCAUUGUUGUUUUUGUCAUAACAUUACACAAAAAUUACUUUGAUUCUAACUUCAGUAUUUGCAAAUUCAAAUUUUGGCAGGGAGAAUAAUAACAAAAAAAAUAACAAAGAGCAUAAUAAACUUUGAAGCAAAGCGCUGCCAAGAUGCCUACUGCACAGCAGUCGCCGCAGCAGCAGCAACAACAACAACAACAACAACACCAGCAGCAACAACCAAGGAAUGAGAACGAGGGGAAUGAGCUUACAACAGAAGAUAACAGUAAUAUGCCAAAUUUAUCAAUACUUUCGCUGGACGAACUGAAGCAGCUUGAUCGUGAUCCUGAAUUCUUUGAUGACUUCAUUGAGGAAAUGUCUGUAGUGCAACAUUUGAACGAGGAACUAGACUCGAUGAUGAAUCAAGUGGAAACCAUUUCUCGUGAAAAUGAAAGCAAGGGCACGCAUCUCGAGGUGCUAAAACGGCGGCUAAGCGAUGAUUACACGGCGCUCAAAACUCUGGGCGAGAAAUGCGAUAAAUUAAACAAAAAGUAUUUAAAGAAAUCUGAAGAAUAUGCACCGCAGCACAUAAGAGAACUUUUGCAAAUAGCCGCCUCGAAUGCCGAUGGUGAUUGCGAUCGUCAUGUGGAGCAUUUUCUUAAUGGAAAAAUCGAUGUGCAAACAUUUCUCAACACCUAUCAGAGCUCUAAGAAAAUUAGUGCUGAGCGCAAGGCCAAGGAGGAGCGUCUGGGCACACAGCUGAGUGCUUUGGAGCGUGCCGGCAUUUAAGGCUGGACAAGACUGCGGACUUAGGGCUUGUGUUUUUUUUAACUGUCUUGUGCUACUCAAAAGUCAAUCGUAUAUAUAGUAAUGUAGUAUAUAGCAUGUGUAGUUCUUAAGCAAUUUGCCGUUGAUUGUAGAGAGCAGUGUAUAAAAAAAAUCAAAGUUAUGUAUAGAAACAUGUAUCUGUAUAUGUCGUUAAGGCAAUCGAAUUACGUUUUAUUUUAGUUUGUCGGUAGCGCAGCGGGGAGUAUUUUAAUAAAGUGCUGUAUUGUGUAUGUAUGUCUUUAGUAAAUAGUCAUAGUAUUAUUAACUGAAAGAAAUGUAUGACCUA